UGAGUCUUUACUGAUUGGUCGCUGACAGAAGGAUUGGUCAGUGUUGCUGUUUUUGGCAGGACGGUGAGCUGGACUGGACGGUGCUGAUGAAGAGCUUCCAGACAGAGGUGGAGAAACUGUCGAAGUUCAGACAUCCAAACAUCGUGGAUCUGUUGGGUUUCAGUGAAGGAGGAGGAUCGAUGUGUCUGAUCUACAGCUACAUGGAGAACAAUUCACUGGAGGACCGACUACACAAUGAUUCUGAGUUCCUGUCAUGGUCUCAGAGGAUGAACAUCGUUCAUGGAGCCUCAGCAGCUCUGCAGUUCCUUCACUUCCCCCCUAGAGGACAAACACCACUGAUCCACGGAGACGUCAAGAGCUCCAACAUCCUGCUUGACCGUCACCUGGCAGCGAAGCUUUCUGAUUUUGGUCUGGCUCAGUUUGUGUCUCGGAGCUCUUCGGGUCGCCCGGGGUCAGACGGGGCUCAGACAAAAUCCCUCGGUAAAACGGCGACGGUGAGAGGAACGCUGGCUUAUCUACCGGAUGAAUACGUGAGGAACGGACAGCUGGGGACAGCGGUGGACGUCUACAGCUUUGGAGUGGUGCUGCUGGAGGUGCUGACCGGACGCCGAGCGCUGCACAAAGACAUGAGGUCCGGAGAGAGAUACCUGAAGGACCUGGUGGAGGAGCUGGAGGACGGUCCAUGUGGCUCAUCUGAAGCAGCGUGGAGGAAGCAGCUGGAUGAGCGGCUGAUGGCAGAUGAAAACAGACCCCAGGUUGGAAAAAGCCGAAGUUCCCCUUUAAUGGAAGCUCUGUCUGCAGGGGGCGCUUGUGAGCCGGCCGGCUGCCUGCAGGUCGCUGCUUUGGCCUGCAGAUGUUUGGACAAGAACAAGAGGAGGAGACCAGCCAUGACCAAGGUGUUUCACAGACUGGAGGACGUCCAGACCUUCAUGUGGAGAACCAGCUCCUCCUCCUCCUCCUCUGCUCCUUCAGUCCCCAGACCUCCUCUCAGUCUGGACUCCAGUGUAGGAGCUCUGUCCCAGCAGCUGUCCUCACUGGGACCACUGGAGGACAGCUACCCGUCCUCCCUGUCCUCCCUGUCCUCCCUGUCCUCCCUGUCCUCCCUGUCCUCCCAGUCCUCCCAGUCCUCCUCGUCUCUCUGCUCCCUCCCUCCUCCUCACCCACUCCACUCCUCCUCCUCCCUCCCCCCUCUGUCCUCCUCGUCCUUCCUGGGUCCGUGUGAGACGGAUGAGAGUCGAGGUUUCUCCCAGUACCACCUCAGCCCCCAGUCCAACGGGACCAGCAGCAGAGACCAGAACCACCCAUCUGUCCCCACCGAGGACCAGUACAACUUCCCCCCACAGCCCAGCACCGACGGCGUCCUCUCAGGAGGAACCUCAUCAGGAGGAACCUCAUCAGGAACCCCAGCAGGGUUCUCUCCUGCCGGGUCCCUGCAGUCCAUGUGUCCGGGGCCCUCAGUCCACAUGAAUCCCAGGAAUCAACGGCUGCUGGAGAAGAAAACUGAAGAGGGAAGGAUCCAGACUCCAGAGCUGCUGUCUGAUGAUCUCUACGGAGCAGCCGGUUCUGACUUCAGAGGACCGGAGGAGAGCGAUGAGCUGGAAUAUCUUCCUGCCAAACACGACUGACUUGAUCUGCACCUGGACCAGAGAUGAACAUUUCUGAUGCAGAGAUGAGAACGAUCUCAGAAGCAGCUGUGUCCUGUUUCCAGAGUUCAGAAAACCAACAUCCAGAGCUUUAUUGGUCACAUCAUGGGCAGUAAAAUGCAGAGCGACGUCCACAGAGCUGCAACCCAGCAGGAGAAAAAAAACAUUCCUGAAACACAAUACAACCAAACUCUAUUGAUCCUUUUACUGUUAUACAAUCAAACCAACUGGACUGAAAACUGUCAGAAAACAUCUAUUUAUUCGUCACACCUACUCAGUCUGAAGGUUCUGUAUUAUGAAAUGCUGAAAUAAUAAAUCUGUCACGUUUUAUUUGGAACCACUGAAUGUGGUUUUAAAACUAGAAAUAACAGAAUCAGUGAAAACAUGCUCAUACUUCAUUUAUGGAUAAAUCAGUUUUUACAGUUACAAUCCAUGGUUUGUUCAUGUUUUCUGGUUUUAAUAAAUCAGUUAUUUAAGA